AUGUCUUUGACCCUGGUAGUACUACCGGAACACAACUUUCUUCUCGAAACUAUGGGUGUUUCGCUUUUCGGCGUUGUGAUGGCAGCGUUCCUCUACGGUAUAACAGGCGCCCAAGUUAUAUAUUAUUUCGUAUGGACCGUUCCAGACGCUCCGCAAGACAGGCGAGACGGGUGGGUAUUGAAGACACUCGUUUUGUUCGUCUUUGCAUUCGAUACUAUACACAUGAUGUUGAUUACGCAUACCAUGUACUAUUAUCUUGUUUCACAUCACAACGACCCCGCCGCACUUAAUGAAUGUGUUUGGAGCCUCCUCCUCGAAGUAUUGUUCAAUGGUCUUGUUGCUUUGUUGGUUCAAGGUUUCCUUACGAAUCGUGUUUGGCGACUGAGCAAACGUGUGCCCCUCACCGGAGUAGCGUGUCUUUUGGUGUUGGCGGAGUUUGUAUGCAUAUUCACUUUUGCGGUUGAUGGUCUCAUUCGUGUCAAAACCUUUGAAGACCUCGCGAAGAUGAAGGGACUCUCAAUCACCGUCAAUGCGCUUGCGGCUAUCAGCGACCUCUACAUUGCCCUUGCACUUUGUUGGCUUUUGCACUCAUCGCAAACCGGAUAUCGAAAGUCGGAUACACUCGUUCGAAAACUCAGCAUUUACGCGCUCAAUACCGGGGCUGUGACAAGUGCUUGUGCUCUCGCAUCAUUAGUCUCGAUCAUUGCCGCCCCCAACACAUUCAUUUAUAUCAUGUUCUUCUUCUGCAUCGGUCGCCUAUAUGCCAAUUCCCUCCUGGCCAGUCUCAACAUGAGACCCCACGUCCGGACUCUGGCGGAAAAUAAUAACUUUGGUAGUAGCUUAUUCGACGAUGUCAAGUUCGCGACGAUGACUUCUACUCGGACAAAGAGUCGCAACUCGAAUCGUGAAAAAUGUGGGUGCCAUUGUCAUUCCUCGAGUGUGGACGAGAAAGUCAAGAACGAUAACGACGGUGAGAAACGAAGGUCGCAGUCGUUCUCGAUUCAUUUGAGCGAUAUUAUCGAAGAGGGUUCCGAUACCUGUGGAAUUGUCAGCGUCAACGUGGUGGCGGAUGCGGGUGCGGGUGCGGGUGCGGAUGCAAGUCCUGCAAGUCCUAUGGGUCUUUCGUCGACGUGCCCUCCGCCGCGGACGGUCUUGGUUGGAGAACUAGCUGUGUAG